AAUUAUUCCUGGAAACGAACUUGACGAAAAUGUCAAACGGAGUGUCAUUCUAAGACAGGAAAAACUACCUUACUUGGUGAACAAGGAAGGACCUACCAUGCGAGCACGAAUGACACGCGGGAAUAUAUGAGCGUCCCUAUUUUGUCGAUAUCCUGAAUCGGGGUGGAGAAAACUUGGGACUGGUGCAGCGGAGGUAAUUAAUGAUCUCAACGUUCGAGAGAACCCCGUACGGUGCCGUCACCCCAGUACCGCAUUUGGCUGCAAUUCUCAGACUCCGAUGAUGAUGAUGAUGACGAUGACGGGGAAAUGAUCGACCUCGUUCAGGCGAGCGCGAGUUCUGCUGCCUCGGUUUCGUGCAGUUCGAGCAAGUGUCGUGGCCAGGAUUGCGCCGCGAUGACGAAGAUUCCCUGCGAUGGGAGGAGUUGAGGGAUAUCAGAGCCUCUAAUUCAGAAACUCAAAUCUCCCAACAGCAAUCCGAUUUCUAGGGAAUGGCGUAUCCUCCGGCUCUCGUGAGCGAGCAACAUCCCCUGGAAGUGCACUGGGUGUAUGGCUUCUCGAAUACUAUCACGAAUGGAGUAACAGACUUGAGAACCGAGAUGCACAGCCAUACCGUGGGCUAUAUAGCGGGGACUGUGGUUGUCCUGUUCGAUAUAUGGUCACACACCCAGAAAAUUCUUCAAGGUCACGUCCACCAGAUCCAGUGCAUUGCGGCCACUCCUGACAAACGUGUGCUGCUUUCUUCUGACUGUGGCCCUGAGGCUGCUCUCAUAAUGUGGGAUGUGAUCUCCGGAAAGGCCCUGAAAGCAAUAUCUCAAGAACGAACGGCUGGAUUGAUGGCGAUGGAUGUUUCUGCAAAUGGGGCUUAUAUUGGUACUCUAAGCUCUAUAUUAACAGGACCAAUACAGGAGCUUAGCAUCUGGGAUACCAAACUCUCCAACAAUCGCCCUCUGGCUACCAUGGCCAUACAGUCAGAUGACGUUCAGACAUGCAUACGCUUCAAUGGAGGUGAUCAUGACGAGCUGAUCACAAAUGGAAAGUUCCGAGUAUUCGUGUGGAAGCAUUCAAAGAGUACUGAGACAGGUGCAGAAGAGCAUUUCCUGAACUGUCAAGAAGGAGUAAUAAGACCCUAUGAACUGAAGCAAAAUGUUGGAGACUUUACUCUCUCUCUCUUCCCCCCAGCUACGAAUACUGCCAUGACAGCCACGGUCGAAGGCGAUGUCGUUAUAUGGCAUCAGGAACGAAACGAGGAAGAGGAUUAUGCGAGUCAAGAGGAGAAUCAAAAGAAAAGUACAGAUGCCAGGGUUAUGCAUGCACUUAAACUGGUUCGGAUUCACGGGACAGCAAUCACAGCGUUCGCAACGAUAGGUCGCUAUAUCGCUACAGGGGAUGAGCAGGGGUUUCUGAGGUUUUAUGAUAAUCGACUUGGCCUCGUUGGCUGGCUUGAAGAGCUUAAUGCAGGUGGACUUACAUCAAUAUCCUUCUCUGCACUGGAGAACAGGAUGGAUUCUGCUCAGCUCACGAUUCACGUGCCCCCGUUCGUUGUGGGCACGAAGAGUGCCCACAUGAGACUUCUUCAUGCUGGUCUCUUCGAAGAACAACCAGGAACUUGGCUUUGUAAGGGUGAGCAGGUGAUGAAGCCCAUGCCUGGCGUUGUGGGGACAGUUGCAGCUCAUCCUUCGAAAUCAUGUUUUGCCCUUGUCGGGUAUCCCAGUCUUCUUCAAAUCCAGGACUACACCACCAAAACAGUCAUCAAGGAGAGAGAGUUCCCCAAGAUCCUCAAGAUUACCUGUUUGCAGUACUCUCCACUAGGGUCUCUCUUGGCUGUUGGCUUCUCGAACGGCAUACUCAAGCUUUUGGCGGCAGAUACGCUGAUUGAUCAUCAAAGCUUUUCAUACACUAGAUCUCCCGUCAUUAAGGUGGAGUUUUCAAAGGACGGCACCUACAUCGCAACCGCAGACAACAGUUGCUGUGUUGCCUUGCUUUAUUGCAAGCUUGUCAAGGUUGUAGUAGAUAUUAAAAAAACGCAGUCUAUCGUUCGCGAUGCUCUACCGACACUUCACGUUUCUUUGCUGGCUGCAGAUGAGAAAUGGGAGUGCGUUGGUAAAUACAGGUCACAUGCAAAGUCAAUAAUUGGUUUAAUGUUUUCAGUUGGUGAGGGUGGCGUUAAUCGAUUGUUCUCCAUGGGCCAAGACUGCAUGAUGAUUGAGUACGAUUUAAAUAAAUCCUUUGUGGACACAGGGUUGAAGCUCAAAGGUUCAUGGCUCCUCAACACCCUCACUUUGCCAGCUGCUAUGACAACAUCACUCAUAUCUGGGGAGUUGCAGGUGAUAACUAGCGAUGAGGGCUUUAAAGUGAGAAUAUAUGAUUCAGAGAGAUUCCAUAGUAUCAGGACGUUUCUUGGGCCAGUCUUUGGGACGGCCAUUCAUAAAUUUUGGCGAAUCCACGACCAAACGACAUCUAAGGAUCACUUGGUGUAUUCAACUAGGGAGGAAGUGAUAGGGCUCAUGACGUUUCCUUCAGAAGAUGAGACACAUAUUCAAUGCAUGGGGGUGGUCGCUCAUGCUGGUCCGAUCGCUUGCAUGGAAGUUAGUUUCGAUUCAAAAUAUGUGAUCACAUGUGGAGGCCAAGACAGUAUUGUAAUAGUGACGCGUGUCAACAUCUCCGCAUGGGACACAUAUGCGACUUUAGAACGGCAACAUGUAGGUGAUCACCUUGGAGUUGAUGACGAGACACUGCAGAACAUUCAAAAGUGUUUCUUCUACUCUCAAAUACGGGAAAAGGGCGAAGACACGGUGGAAGAGAGAAACCUUGAUCACAGUCUGGGAAUCGACCAUUUGAUGGAGUGCUACAAUGGACUCGGCGUGUUUUUCUCCAAAUGCGACGUGGACGGGAUUUUGGACGAGAUUAGCAGACCGCUCACUCGUAAGAAGGAGGAGAGGGCCACACGAGUUGAUUUCAACGACUUCUUUCAGACGUACAUGGCACACAAGCCCGUUCUUGAGUUCGACGAGAUCACGAUUCAAGCUGCAAUCAAUGAACUUGGGGCAGAUCAAGCAACAGGAAAGAUAUCCAUGGAAUUAUUGUUGAACACUCUUAUCAGUGAAGGGGAAGUGUUCACCAAGGAAGAACUAGAGGAAUGUAUCAAGUUAUGCACAGAGGAAGACUUGAAUCUAGAGUCACUACCAGAAGAGGCAGACGGCUUCUGGAUCUUCAAGAACCUCUUGAGGAUUGAGACGACAACGGCUGAGAAAACGACCGUUUUUUCCGCAUAGUUGGGCAAAAGACUGAGCUGAGAGAAUAUGAUAUGCUGAACAUAAACAAUAUUAGCGAGAUAAAAAACAAUAGGGGAUGGAUGGCAAAGUCAUGUUUCAUCAAAAGUCAUGUAUAAGGACAAGAAAUUUUCAGAAGUCUCGGUUCGUAAAUGUUACCACGAGAUAUUAUACCGAACAGUUUAGUUAGAUCCAAAAAGGGCUUCGGUCAGAUAAUGGAGAUAUACCAUUGGCAACUGAAAGCAAACGUACAAAAUGAGAAAAAUAAUCAGGAAUGAUUUGUACAGGCCCAACAUAUGUAACGAUGCAUUCUUUCCCAGAUACAGUGUCUCCGCCAAAAAAUAGACAGACUGACUGCACUACAAAAGAAGAGAUGAAAUCUCGAAGAGAAACGAAUUCUCAGCAGAAUGGUUGAAAAUAUGUCAAUGGGAUCCAUAUUGUACCUUUUAUACAAGACGGAAUGAGUUGGACUGCUGAUAUCAGCCGUCCCGCUCUCCCACUACAAGAUUACAUACACGAGACAAAAUUUCCAUGGGAAAGAAAGUGACUGAUUCACCUCGUAACCCACUCAGACGCGGCCUUUCUCGACGCUGUCUGGUCCUACUUGACACCAAGCUGACUUGUGCUUGAUAUUCUUCUCCUCUCUACAACCUACGAAUAUGUCCGGACAUUAAUGCAAGUUCGACAACGAUACUUUGGUCGCAUCAUAUGAUCCAAGUUGCAAAGUAUACGGACCAAUGUUCUCCAACAUGUUGCCCUCUACCAGCCCAAAAGGAGCAACUUUAUUAAAGCCAUUCGUAUGUAUAGACCAUUCUUGGCUUGUCGAAAAUAUGCAGCUCGUGGAUCAGCGUCCACAUCGACAGUUAUC